AGGAGGAACAAACAACCCAGGAGACAGCUGCUCUUAUUAUCCCCACUUUACAGUUGAGGAAAUGGAGGCUGGGAGGUUAAGUGGCUUGCCCAAGGUCAUACCAGCCUCCUGGACCUCACAAUCUGUGAUGUUGAUCUUGACCUCUGGCUGCUUGGUCCAGUCCCCUCCCACCCGGAGGCCAAGGGUAGGUGAGGGUGGCACAAGGAGUGUGCUGGGGCAGGGGGGGCUCUUUUGUGCAGCCGAGCCAAAGAUAGUGGAGGUGAGGCAGGUGACCGGAGGGGCUCUGGCAGCCCCAGACCAUCUGGGCAGAGAGGCAGUCAGACAGAGAACACAGCUGCUUUGCUGAUUAAGAUCAGCCCCUAGCACCUGAGGUGCUCCGGGCAGCUGGAUAGACUGGGACUCACCAAACUCGAAUGUGAACACCUUGCUUACUGGGGAGGGGAGUCUGAGGACACUGCCGUGGCCUAGGGGAAGAGCCCUCAGAGACCCAGACUUGCUUCCCACCCCCCCCCCUUAUGCUGUGUGACCUUUGGCAAGUGGCUUCACCCCUCUGAACUACCCUUUGCUAAGCCCAGACUCCAGGCUGAGCGGUCUCCCAAGAUGCUGUAAAGGUUGGCCCCGCCAUGACUCAACUCAGCUGUGAUGCGGUGCAGUAGAGGGCUUCUGUCCUUGCCCUUCGACACAGAUCAACCCAUCCAGUGUCCUGUCUCUAAGCAGGGCCACCUGGAAAACCUCAGAGGCGCAAGAGAAGAGCCCCAGCCUCAUUCCAAAGGUGUCCCCCUAGAAAGGUGCUGACCCAGCCAGUCUCCUGUGUAAAACCUUGGAAAAACAGUUGUGUUCCAAAGCGAUGAGCGGGUGUUUGUGCCCAGAAUGAGUAAGCAGUGCCCUGGAUGCUGCCUGGCACACGGCAAGUGCUCCGGAAGGAUUUGUGAGGUGCAGGAGAUCCCUGGCCUCUGAGGAGAGCAGCGUGGCUCCAGUACGUGGGAACCGUCCCUUCUCCCCUGCCCUCUGCUGCCUCCUGCCCUGUGGAGCUCGAAGCUGGGCACCCUGGGGGCCAUGCAGAAGGCCGGGGCAGGGGGCCGGAGAGCCUCUGACUGCGGUCCAGCCCCUCACCGGCCCAGGUGCAUCACCAAGUUCGCCCAGCAGUAUGUGGGUUCCUUCCCUGUGGACGACCUGGACCCCCAGGAGAGCGUGUGGCUGGUUCAACAACAGCUGUGGGCACUGAAGGAUUAUCCCAGACGCCGGGCUGUCAUCCUGAAAUUCAGCCUUCAGGGCCUCAAGAUCUACAGCGGGGAGGGUGAGGUGCUCCUGAUGGCUCAUGCUCUGAGGCGCGUGCUCUACUCUACCUGGUGCCCAGCUGACCGCCAGUUUGCCUUCGUGGCCCGAAACCCCCAGAGCCCAGCCAGCAAGCUCUUCUGCCACCUCUUUGUAGGCAACCAGCCCGGAGAGGUCCAGAUCCUGCACCUGCUGCUCUGCCGUUCCUUCCAGCUUGCUUACCUCUUGCAGCACCCUGAGGAGCGGGCACAGCCUGAGCCCUGCCUGGCGUCUGCAGGAGACAUGCCCCUGAAGCCACUGUCCAGCCCGGGGGCCCCCCCUGGCCUUGUACGGGAACCCUUCAGCCGGGAUCAGCUUUCACAGAACGUUCAUGCAUUGGUCUCCUUCCGGCGGCUUCCUGCAGAGGGGCCUGUGGGCAGUGGGAAGGAGCUGCCAGAGUCAGAAGGCCGUGGGGGCACCCGCCAUGCCCGCCUGGGGAAUCCCUACUGCUCACCCACACUGGUGCGCAAGAAGGCCAUCCGCAGCAAGGUGAUCCGCUCCGGGGCUUACCGAGGCUGCACCUACGAGACUCAGCUGCAGCUGUCAGCUCGGGAGGCCUUCCCUGCUGCGUGGGAAGCGUGGCCCCGGGGGCCUGGUGGUCCCUCGUGCCUGGUGGAGAGUGAGGGCAGUCUGACGGAGAACAUCUGGGCCUUUGCUGGCAUCUCCAGGCCCUUUGCCCUGGCCCUGCUGCGGAGAGACGUGCUUGGGGCCUUCCUGCUGUGGCCCGAGCCGGGCGCCAGUGGCCAGUGGUGCCUGUCAGUGCGGACACAGUGCGGCGUGGUGCCCCACCAGGUCUUCCGGAACCACCUGGGCCGCUACUGCGUGGAGCACCUGCCUGCCGAGUUCGCCAGCCUGGAGGCCCUGGUGGAGCACCAUGCUGGGACGGGGCGAAGCUUCUUCUGCUCCCUCGACAUGGGCCGCCUGAAUCCUGGCUAUGAGGAGCAGGACCGGGGGUCCGAGGGCAGACCCCCCCGGACACUGCGGCCCCUUGGCCAUGCCAAGUCCGAGGCAGAGCUGCAGGGCCUGGGCUAGGAGGCUGGGCCCCAUGCCCACUGGCCCCGCCUCACCCUGGCUCCUGGGCCUCAGCGGGCCGCCCUGCCCUCUGCCACCCCGCUGGUCACCAGUUCCAUCCAGUCACUCUGCCCCUUGGACCAGUCUUCCGUCACUUCACUGCCUGUGGUGGGGGUGGGGAGCCCUGGCACUGGGGAUUGCCCAUGGCUUCUCGUAGGACGUGACUGCUGAGACUGCAGGAGGGGCAGGUGGAGCUCCAGGCUUCUGUUAACUUGCUAGGUGACUUUGGAUGCUUGUCUCUAGGCUAUUCACCUUACUCCUCGGAGGGGAGCCUUCUGAGGUGGGCAGGAAGGUGUGCUCACCAGGGACAUGGCCUCCUAAGGCGGCCAGGCCUUGUGGCCCUGACUGGGAGUCUCCCAAGGGCACCUGACUGAGGUUGCCAGCCAUGUAAGGGAGAGGUGUCUGGGGAGGCAGGAGCGAGUCCUCACUGUGAGCAAAGACCUGGGGGCAAGCCACCCUGUCCAUGAGAGAAACAGGACUUGGAGGAGCUAGUGGGCAUGGCGUCUGGGCGGAGCUACACCCAGGCUGACAGAGAGAGCAUGCCUGUUUCUCACAUCAUUUGAGAUUAAGGCAGUCUCCCCUUGAGUGUUGAGAAAUGAGGGUUAAGGGGGCAUAGGAUGGCAGAAUGGACGAAGAGCCUUGCCCCCCAAGCCCAGGCGGACACCUGUGUGCAGAAGGGAUGUGAACCAGCAGACAGGGCAAAGAAUCUCUGUGUUGCUUAGAAAGGCUGGUUGGUCUCCACUCAAAACCACAGGGUUGUGAUUCCUGCCUUCUGUGGAGGGAUGCCCCGUCUCACCCCUCCCCAACAACCCCAAGAACCACCAAGACGUGCGCGCACACACACACACACACACACACACACACACACACACACACACACACACACCGCACACACUGGCUCGUUUCCUUUGUCCAUUUGACUGGCAGGGGCCAGCAGUGAGCCGCAGGAGUACUGGGGUGACCGGGGCUCUAUUCAACUUAUUCUGCAGGCCAUUCUGGGUCUAGCGGCUGCCUGGGAAGCCACCUGGUUUUGGUCCACUUCCCAUAACGUGGCGCUGGCUGGCUCUGGUUGUCAGGGGCUACCUCACCAGCCCAAGCCCCCUGGGGCUGGGUCACAGUACAGCCAUCCAGAGGUAGAACUGAUGUGGACCCUGCUGGGGGGGGGGGGGCGUUGGCCUCAGCAGGGAGUGGGAGUACAGAGAAAUGAUUCUGCUCUAAGGCAAUAGCCCUGAAGUGACUGACAGAUCCAGGUGCCCCCCCCGCCCCCCUUUAGAAGCAAGCAAGUUACUUCGUAUGAACUUCUCUAUUCCUGAGGCAGAGGCUUAGUCACGAAUGUGGGGGCUGCCCUCCCCCAUCUGGGAGUGGGAUGUGACUGUUCAGUGCCUGGAAGGGAGAGGGCGGCCCUGACGGAAGAGAAAAAAGGGAGGACCCUCGGAAAGUCGGGCCUGGUGUUCCCAGCUUACAAUCUCCUGCCCAGGAAGUGGUCUUGUCAAAAGGGAUAAAAGGGAUGGGAGGAAGCCGUCCUUUGGGGGUUCUUUUCACUGGCACCACAGCACUGAUUUUAUACCGAAUGUCAGUGGGACUCAUUAUACAGCCAUUUCCACCAGGGACUGCCACCAGAACCCACGGUCCCCUGGUCUCUAGUGGGAGGCGUGGUCUCACAUUUCACCGGCAAGAAAAGGGGUUUGCUGAUAGGGUGUUCAGGCUUGCAGCACCAGAGGCACAUGUUUAAGAAGACCUGGUGACUGGCCCAGGCUUAGGACCAAGCUUAGCUCUACAAGAGAUGGGUUUUGUUGCACAAAUCAUCCAUGUGGACAAGGUAUCAGGAAUGUUCUCAAAGCACUUUAACGUUCCUUUGCACAGCAUUCAUCACGUGGUAUAAACAGCAAGUUUCUUGACCCAUGUGCGCAGACGCUUCAGUGUCUUAAAUCAUAAGUCAGCUUUCUCUUUGUUCCAACCAGCACCACCUGGGUAGCCAGCUCUCCUUACUGUGUGGACUUGAAACAAAUAAAAUGCAUUUCUUCGGA